AUGGUUGGGCCCUCUGCGCCGGUGGUGCCAGGAUUGGGAGAAGCUGGCGGGGGCCUCCUAAAGCAGCAGGUUGGCCUUGGGCUGCCAGUUGUGACUGGUGGCUUCACUCUGUAUGUAGCACCUUGCGGCCCCGCCAACAUGCCAUCACUGUCCUGUCUGUCUCCUGGCUUAGUGGAGGAUGCAGACAUCAUUCCCCUUGGGGUACACCGUGACAGCAACAUUCACCUGCAGGAAUUUGGCUCGCGUUUUGGUGAUGGCGCCGAGGACAGGGCCUGGCACCAUGGGGCGGAGGUGGAUGCGGAAGGCACUGUUGUACAGGAAACCAUUGCUGGCAGGUUGCCUAUGAGCAGAGUUGUGUCACAGGUUGAAGGGACGUCUACGCUCUCAAGGGGAUCUGGGGAGAUCAAUGCCAGUGGGGCUAUUGGUGGCCAACCGGCCAAACCGAACAGCUCUUGCGGGGCAUCGGAAUGUGGCGAUGAGGUGAACGGAGUUAGCUCUGAAGGGCUGCCAUCUGAAUCCGGCCAGCAGCAUCCUGCUUUGCAGUCGGGCAACGAAGUUGUUCAUCAUGUAAGCAGCAUACUGGACAGGCCCCAAGGCACAGCAGGUGCCUUCCGGCAGGUCAAGGCCACUGGGCAGGAGCGGGCGCCGACGUUCCACCCGCUGCCAUCCAUGUUCACCGAACCCCCUCAACGAGCGUCCUCCCUGUGCACGCCCAGCUCCAUGGCCAUCCCCAUGCUGGCCGCACUGCAGAACUGCAGAAUGGAGUCCCAGAUGGUGUCAGGGCAUGCAGAUGCCCAACAGGAAAUGAGCCUGAUGCUGGCAAUCCCGGACCUGAACGUGGGUGCGGCGCCGAUGCUAACAUUGCAGCAGGCAGGCAGCUUGCUGCGGGCGAUCAGCAAGCCUUUGUCAUGCCUGAAGGUGGGGCGUCUCACAAGGAAGCUGGGGCAUACCCCUGGCUUUCUGAGGGCCACUGAGGAUGUCGGCAUGCUCACACUGUGGCUGUUGCCAUCAUCCGAUGUCAGCAUCACCUGGCACGCGAUCAAGGACCUUGAGGAGAACAUGGGCGUUGGGGUCAGCAGCGCUGGGGAGGGUGGUGUGGGAAACCAAGUGGGGGAGUCAGCUGUUGAGCUGGCUGAUGGGUUUCGUGAGGAGUUCUCCAUGAGGGAAGUGUCGGAGGAGCUGGCUUGGGUGGCAGCCGAUUCGACAUGCCACAGUGAGGGGUCUGGGAUCAAGCUUGAGAUGGUGGAGCAGGACCCCAGUGGGCGAUCCUUCCGGCUGGUGCGCUGGUCAAGCCACGUCAGGCAGAAAUUGGACCUGGCAAAGAGGCUGGAUGCAGAAAAGGCAAAGGCUGGCGGUCAGGUGUCAUCGGAGAUGGCCAAGCUGUACGACCUGCUGAAUGCCUGCAGCAGUGAGCUAAACAGUGAAGAGAGUUUCCACUUCUGGAUUGCAGAGAAGUCGCUGGCAAAAGGACUGCAGGUGCUUAAGACCAUGUCCGACCAGCUGAAGAUGCUCCCGACCCUCUCCGAGAAAUCUGGGGUGCCCCAAUGCAAGCUCCAAGAGGUGUGUCAAUGGUUUGCAGAUGUGACUGAAAUUUCACAGCAGUCCACCUAUGGCAAGCCACAGGUGCCUGAAAGCCACCCACCCCAGGCAUACCUGCCCCUCCCCUCCCACCUGAUGACAGCCUUCCACCCCACCCACUUUAUGGAAGCCCUGUUCCAUGAGGAUGUUGCCGUCCCAUUGGAGGCCAACAAUGGCAGGCAGGUGCAAGCAGAGGAGGAGCAGGGGGCAAGGCAUGUGGGCGAGUGCUGUGCGUUGUCGGCCACAGCCAAUUUUCUUGUGUCGGACAGGCAGCUGGGCAUCACACUGUUGUCGACAGCGUCAGUGAUGGUGGUGGUUGGGGUGGAGGGAAAUACAGAGGUGCUAAGUGCAGAGGAGGCUCACAGGGUCGCCAGCGACUCUGCGCUCCAGCUGGCUAAGAAGAGGGUGAGGCCAUUAGCUACACCGCUUUGA